UAUUGCAAUCAGCUGUCAUAUUACUUCUCAAUGGAAAACCUGACAUUUAAUAGCCCCUUUAUUCAAAUAGAGGGACUGGUUGUCUCUGAGCAAUACAUUUAUCCUACAUUUCUUUUCUUCUUGAUUAUCUAUGUACUCAUUACAGUAUCUAACAUUGGGAUUAUUCUGCUCAUAACAAUGGAAAGAAGCCUACAUGAACCUAUGUACAUUCUCUUCUGCAACCUUCCCUUUAAUGAUGUAUUUGGAAACUCUGUUGUAAUCCCUCGGAUAAUGGUGGACAUUUUACGGCCAAGUUCUGAACGCUACAUCAGUUAUGGUGAAUGCGCUGCUCAAGCUUUCUGUUACCAUGUGCACGCUACUGCUGCUCACACUAUCCUCAUGGCUAUGGCCUUUGACAGAUAUGUUGCCAUAUGCAAUCCACUGCACUACACAACUAUUAUGACGACUAAAAUGGUAGCUAAACUGACUGCAUCAGUCUGGUGUAUAGCAGUGGUCUUUGUAGGUAUUUUGUUAGGUCUCACAAUAAGGCUGAAUCGCUGUGGAACACAAAUAGCAAAUCCAUUCUGUGAUAAUGCAUCAUUGUUCAAAGUGUCAUGUGAGAAUCCUUACAUUACUAAUGUAUUUGGCCUGGCAUGCACAACCAUUUUACUUGUCUCAUCUGUGGGAAGUAUUGUACUUACUUAUUCCAAAAUAGCAGCUGUCUGCUUUAUUAGUAAAAACAAAACUCUGAACAACAAGUUUCUGAAAACCUGCAGCACACACCUGACUGUCUAUUUGAUCAUGUGGCUGUCUAGCUGUAUUAUGAUCAUGCUCCAUCGCUUUUCUGGUUAUACAGACUACAGGAAAGGGGCAGCGCUGCUUUUCCACAUCGGCCCAGGCAUUCUGAAUCCUAUCAUAUAUGCAUUGCAGUGUACUGAGAUCAGACACACGAUGUUAAAGAUUCUACACUCAAAGAAGGUACUUAGCUCUUAUUAA